AUGGCGGAGGCGGCGGCCAAGAUGGCGGAGGCGGCGGCGGCGCUGCUGGAGCGGGCGGCCCGGCGGGACGCGGAGCUCGAGGAGCUGCGGGCCCUGCGGGUCGCCCUGCAGGCCGUGCCGCCAGCCGCCCUCCGCGCCCGCCUCGGCGAGCACCACCUGGGAGCGCUCUUCGCCCUCCUCAGCGCCAAUGACCGGGAACAGGUGUCCGCGUGUGUUUCCAUUCUGGAGAGGCUCCUGCAGGCCCUGGACCCCCUGUACGUGAUCCAGAACCUCCGGGAAGAACUCCAGAAAGGACUUUGUCACCCCGAGGACUCCGUGAAGAUCCUCACCAUAGCCCAGGUUGGGAGGAUUGUUGAAGACCCAGGUGCUGUCACAGAAAUUCUCAACAGCCCGGAGCUGUUACGGCAAAUAAUAAACUGCAUUGGGGGAGAGAAGAUUGCAGUGGCCAAGGAGGCCAUCAAAUCCCUGUCCAGAAUAGCCCAGACACAAGAAGGUCUGGAGGCUUUGUUUGUGAGCAGUUUGUUGAGUGACCUGAAAAACGUCAUGGCCACGAGUGACAUCGUUCGGUACCGAGUGUACGAGUUAAUUGUGGAGAUUUCUUCAGUGUCAGCAGAGUCCCUGAAUUACUGUGCAAACAGUGGGUUAAUAUCUGAGUUAAUUGGGGAGCUCACUGGAGAGGAUGUGCUGGUCAGAGCCACCUGUAUAGAGAUGGUGACCUCACUGGCCCACACCCCCCAGGGCCGGCAGUACCUGGCUCAGCAAGGAGUGAUUGAUAAAAUCUCAAACAUCAUCCUUGGAGCAGAGUCUGAUCCUUUCUCCAGCUUCUAUUUACCAGGAUUUGUGAAGUUUUUUGGGAAUCUGGCAGUUGUAGACAGCCCCCAGCAGAUCUGUGAGCGGUACCCUGUCUUCAUGGAAAAAGUCUUUGAAAUGGCAGAAAGUCAGGAUCCAACCAUGAUUGGAGUGGCUGUGGACACCCUGGGAAUCCUGGGAUCAAAUGUGGAAGGCAAACAGGUUUUACAGAAAACUAGAAGUAGGUUCCAAAACCUGUUGAGCAAAAUAGGGCACCAGGCCAAGAAUGCCCCCACGGAGCUACGGCUGCGGUGCUUGGAUGCCAUUUCAUCUCUUCUUUACUUGCCUCCAGAGCAGCAGACAGAAGACCUUUUAAGGAUGACAGAAUCCUGGUUCACAUCCCUGUCCAGCCAGCCCCUGGAACUCUUCAGGAGCAUCAGCACUCAGCCAUUCCCUGACCUCCACUGUGGGGCUUUACGGGUGUUCACUGCCAUUGCAAAUCAACCAUGGGCCCAGAAGCUGAUGCUGCACAGCCCGGGGUUUGUGGAGUACGUUGUGGACAGAUCUGUGGAGCCUGACAAAGCUUCCAAGGACGCUAAAUACGAACUGGUGAAGGCCCUGGUAAACUCCAAAACAAUUGCAGAGAUCUUUGGAAAUCAGUAUUACCUGAGGCUCAGGGCUUACCUGCAGGAGGGCCCUUACUAUGUCAAGGCAGUUUCUACCACAGCUGUGGAAGGAGCAGAAUAAUGUCACUGGUGUCUUGCAAAACGUGUUCCUGAAACAGAGGUUGAGGUACAAGGUGUAAAGACUCUCCACACUGGGGUGUCUUUAGGUUGUCUCUUUAAAGGAAUGUGAGGAUAUUUUGACUCUGUUUGAAAUGAGUCAUGAGAGCAAAUUAAAGCCUAUUUGGUGUUUCCCUAUAAAUGUCACGGCAGAAGUUCCCUGUGUGCUGUCAUGAGACAACCCAGGUAAGCACUUCCCAACUGCUGCACUUCCCAACUACUGACUGUGUUUGAUUUUGCAGAAUUUGUUGGUGGUUGGUUAAAUAGUUGUUGGAUUUGGAGUUUCUAUCGUGUUUUCUCAGUAGGUUCCAGUUCAGUUAAAAAAGGCAAAAACCAAACACCAAAACACCUUGAGGUUUGUAGCCUCAGAUGCUGCCACAGUUUCUUUUUUUUUUUUUUUAAAUCUUUUUUUAUAUCUGCCAAAAUUGGCACUUGCAUGGAACACACUCUUUACCCUGUCAGAAUCCUGUUGCUGAGAAUAAGCCACACUCUGUCCACAUGAGGGAGUAUGAACUGGAUUCUCUUCUGUUCUCAACCUGCUGGAUGUGAGUCUUGCUUGAAUAAAUAACCCUAAAUAUUGUUUACAUCUUAUGCUGAGGAUUUAAAAAACAAACCUUGUAGCCCUUUUGAAAACAAAUCAAUGCUGUAGUGGAUCAAACCAAACUGGAGCUUUGUCUCCCUUUGCUGCAACGUGGUGUGGCAGCUCAGUUUAGUGGCUCAAAAAGAGCCUGAACUGUAACACUGCAAAGCUACUUCAGAACCAAAUCUUUAAUUGUUUAUACCGUUUUUUAACAGAGAUUACAUUUUUUUUAAGUGUUAUUUAAAGAAACAUAUGAUUUUAGUUGCCCGAGUUAAAGGGGUAAGAACAUGAAACUUUUGUGUUUAAGGGUGUGAAUGAACCAGGAGGAUGGAAAUGUACCUUAGGAAGCUGGAAUCUUCUUUUGAAAAUUUCAGAUAACUGUGGGAGAGAAUCAAGAUGUGUCUUUGUCCAUAAACAGGGACCACAGUGUACUUUAUAUCAAAGGCUUAUAUUAUUUUUGUUGAGGACAUAUUUGAGGAAUAGCUGAGGGGGGAGCAUAAUAAACCAUGGAAUUGCUGCUUUGGGGCUUGUUUUAGUGAUGUGUCAGUCAAGGAUGACUCUGGCAAUGCUCAACCCAUGUCCCUGUGCUGCCAAGGAAGCAGGAGGAUCCAGUCAUGCAGGAGUUCUCUCCUUGCAUGUGGGAGGUAGAGGUGCAGCUGCUAUUGCCAAAAAUCGCUGCCAGGGAGUGCAAGUGGGCUCAGAGGAGCUGGGGAGGAUCCCUUCGUGUUUGCUAAGUGUCUGAGAGGAGGGAUCUGCCUUGCUGCUCCAAGAUGGACAAAAAGUUGUCCUCCUCCAUGACACUGCUGCUGCUUUCACCCCAAAUGUGCCCCAAAACUAUCUGCUGGUGAGAAAUGUACCACAGUGUCUUGUUUGUAAAUAGAGAACAUGGAACUUCACGAGUCCUGCAUCCAGAAAAAAAAAACAUCAAAGCACUGACAAGGAAAUGAAAAAAGAAUAUAGAAGUCUGUACUUUGCACUUGUUUUGGGCAGUUCAACUUUGUUGUUUUAGGUGGCUUUGUGUGCUGGUCGCUCUGUAUGAGCCAUAUGCUACAAACCUCAGUAAAAGAAAUCAAUAUAUAAACCUUUUCUGCAA